GAAGGACUCACCCACUCUUGAAUUUCCUAUGGUGGCGUCCAUCGACUACGAUACCCUCUCGGCCAACGAGCUCGAAGCGCUCAAAACGAGCCGUGGCCUCACGCUCUUCAACAACACGGUGUGUCCGUUGGCGCACCGUGCGCUCUGGACCGCCACCGAGGUGCAGGCGCCGCUGGCGCGCGUCAUUGAAGUGCCCAUUCACGCCGCCAUGCCGGCGAGCUACAUCGCCAAUUUCAACCGGUUUCGGUCGGUGCCCUGCUUGCUCGACGACGGAGUCACCGUGUAUGAGUCGAUGAUUGUCGCCCAGUACUUGGACGCCAAGUUCAACGGUGGCAAGCUCUUUGUUGCUGACGACCCGGCGGCAGCGGCGCUCGCAAACCUCGUUGUCGCCCAAUUCGACAUUGUCCCGUCCAUCUUUGCGUUUCUUCGCAACAAGGACACGACCAAAGACGACGAGCUCAAGGCCCUAGUGUUCGCCGGCGUCGCGGGCCUCGAGCGCAUCUACCAGGAGGACGCAGCGGCCUUUCGAUCCCGUGGCCCGUACCUCCUCGGCGACCGGUUGAGCCAGGCCGAGAUUGCUCUUGUGCCGUACCUCUUUCGCUUCUCGCUCAUUCUGCGCACGUACCGACGCGUCGAGUUGCUAUAUGCGUGUCCACUACUGGCGGCCGCCCUUGACGCCGCAACACAGCGGCCUGCGUUUCAAGCGGCGACCCGCGAGACCGACGUCUACCUCGCUGCUGGCGCCAAGAUUGUCGGCUUGUAAGUCGACUUUGGGCGCCCUUGCAAACACGCGAGGCAACAUUAGACUUGCUUUCCACAAAGAACGUUCUUUGAAACCACA